AUGUCCGGAAGCGAGCCAUCCUUUCUAUAUAAACUUGUCCCAUCCACAGCCCCCGUGCGGGAACCCCUUCCAGACCGUCUCCCCGUCAGUGAGCUCGACGAGAAGUCUGGAUUUGUGCACCUGUCCACAGCUCUUCAGGUUCCCAACACCUUGAAGUUCUUCUUCAAAGACGAGCCCCUCGUCUAUGUGCUAAGGAUUCCCUACGACCGCGUAGCACAAGACAUCCGAUUCGAAGACCCCGAGGGCCGUGUAUGUGGACCGCGGCCAGACGAGGGCUUAUUUCCACAUCUCUACAAUGGCCUUAAGCUUGGGAAGGAUGAAGUUGAAAGCCUAAGCAUAUGGACUAACGAGGGCGGAUGGGACAAACAGCUCGCUGCGGCAAAGCCGUGGCUUCGGUACUGA